GUGUGUCGCUCUGUCCAUGUAUGCUAAACAAGAGAUCUAAUUGUGUCUCAGAGGUUUGCUUUCAGAGGAAUCAAUAGGCGUUGUUUGCUGCGUGUUCCUCGCAAACUUUCAGAACCACGUUAUUUAAUCCAGUAAAAAAUGAGUUGAGCUAAUAUUUGAGAGGAGAUGACGACUUGAUACUGAUGAUGACAAGGAGGUCAAUAACAACACCGUCAAUGGUGAUACUCAAACUAGCAAGAAUUGACAGAUUAUAUUUGUGCAGCUCCUUGUGGUGCAUGGCUGUCCACGUGAACUUAUUUAAUCUAUAACUUCCACUAAUAACAAACCAAACUUAAGUAUAGAUGAAAUGCGUAUUAAUAAUUUAUUUUUAAUGCAGGCAAUGCGCUGUUGCCCUCGCCGUUUUACUGGCACAGCAGAGCUACGGUGGAUAGAGAAGCAGCCCUCAGCCUCUCAAUAUGUGUGUGUCAGAGAGAAAAAAAGGGAAGAACAUGCUCAGGUGACCAUAUAUGUACUAGUGUGUAUGUGUAUGUAAAGGUCAGUGAGGGCAAUAUUGACAUGCUAUAUUCUGAGCACAUGUGGUGUUGCAUUUCCUCAGCGUCACUGAGAGGACCUGUCUCAGCACACUGUCACCCUGACUCCACCUCUGUCAAUAUGCUGAAACCACUGCUUUUACUGAGCGGCUCCUUUCUCUGCAGUCAAAGCUGAAAACACGAGCUCCGACUAGAAGCGAGGGUUUGUUACAAUACAACGAGUAUCAUUUCAUCUUAAUCUCUACUCCUACUGCAGCCGCUAAGUUAUUAUUUCCAAUGCGAUGAGUAGAGAGCCUCCAGUAACUCGUGACCUGUGGUGUUAAGACAUGCUAAACUAGACUAAUAAUGUGCCGCUCGGCCAUUUUUCAGGAACUCGAGGUUACCAUAACUGUGAACCACUCUAGCAUUUAGUCACAACGUCAAGACCAGACCAGGUUCGAAACAAGCAUGUUGAUUUGAUUGCUAUAACAUUUUCAAUCGGUUGAGACAUGCCUUAAUAACAAAACAGCUCUCCGUGUCCAAGGAAACAUUAUAAUCUCUGUGCGUCAUAAAUCGGUGGCAGUUAUGCAUAGUUUGCGCUUUCAGUGGAGGUUAAGCGUCUAUUUCUACAGCGUCUUUGGCUCGUUCAGAACUGAUUCAGUUUUGUGACUCAUAACCAACAGAGAGUAAAAGACGGGCAAGCUUUCUUUUUCAUGUCAGAAACUGUUUGUGCCAUUUAGGCAUAAGGUGGGGUCACAUGCCCGUGAGCUGAUGAUGAUCUGCUGAUAUUGAAAACACACACUUCCUCUUCUUGCAGCCAUGUAAUGUUUCUGCCACGUGUCCUAAAGGUUGAUAGGAAGUAUACAGCCGUUUGCUCUCUCUCUCUCUCUCUCUCAUCUCGCCAUCUUCCCUCUCCAGUGUGGUCGACCUUGCACCAGCUUGCAAGACCUUGGAGUCUGAGGGAGUUGCUGCUGAGGAUGCUGGAAGAGAAUGCAGGCCAGACAGUCACAUUGAGGGCACAAAGGCAGAGGCGUGGAUGGAGUUAGGGAGAACGGAUCCACUGGUUAAAGCAGUUCAAAUUCUGCGGUUUAGAGUAGAUAAGUAGAUCAUAUUAAUAAGUCAUCUAUUUGAAAUGGAUGCUGUGAGCGCAAAGAGCACCAACAGUUAAGUGGAAUUAGAUAGAGGGAGUGGCAUACUGACAAGAAAGACUGUAGAGAUGAAGAAAUCAAUAGGGGAAGGACACCCAUGUCCAGACAUGAUGGAUCAUAAUGAGCGCUCAUUAUCACUCUGGCGCUGUCUUAUGCCGUACCACAUUGUCUGUCUCUCACAGAUAUGUGCUCAUCUGACUCUAAUAGAAACCAUAGAAACAGAUUAGGCAGCCAGACAGAACGCAGGGGGUGUUUUCACAGUCAUCACAUUUUCUCAUUUGAUUGAAAAACAAAUCAAAUAGCACCUUCAAUUUGAAACAUGUUAUAAUACAUCUCUUCCAUCACAUUAGUUCUUCAACUUAUUACAGAGUAUAUCUGGGUUGUAAAACUGUGUUGCCAUCAGCCCCAUCAGACUGAGCUGUAGCAAUAAACACAACCAACAUUAUAUGAUAUCCAAGGGCAUACAGUGUUGGAUGGAGAGAUUAGACUUGGCUGACUCAGCAUUUUCACAGCAAUGAAGAUCAAAUUGUGAAAUCUUAUUUCAAAACACAAAGUUAAAUCAGGACACACUUUGUCAAAUUAGUAAUGUCUACCUUCUAAAGUGCAUGAUAUGGAAGAUGUGUGUGUUGUGUGUGUGUGUGUGUGUGUGUGUGUGUGUGUGUGUGUGUGUAUUGUAUGUUGGGCUAGGGCAGUUGUAGAGCUUGUGUUAUGAUUACGCUUGCGCUCCAAAGGUCACUUGUAGCAGUAAUGCUAAUUUUGCUAUAGUAGGGGUCACUCAAGGUGAAACUAAGCAGUCCCCCCCUUCACUCUGUAACAUAUAUCCAUGUUGCUGGGUCAUCAUGGCCGUACUGCUGCAGAGCUCUGAUAUAGUGUGUUGCAGCGUUGCAGUGCUGUAAAGAAGCGGUUCUUAGCGUUGCUGAAGGUGCAAAUGCUGUUCUGGGGAAAGCGAUUUCUCUACACAGGGUGUGGUGAGUUACCCUGCCUGUGCGAUAAGAGCCGACUAGGCCCACGGGGGCCCAGUCGUCCAAAUUCCCCUCGCAAGACCCGUACAAUGGAUUCACCAAAAACGUCUGCCAAAAUUGUAUAUAAUCAUAAAUAAAUAAAUGAAAACUCUUCUGCAUUACUGUUUGGCUUAUGAGUGUACUACACAUAUGUUCAAGUUUCUAUCUGUUUGAGAUCAUGGCACAGUGAUCAUGAUGGUGCUUUUUAUUUAGAAAUGAGUUUAUGGACAAUCAUAUUAUCUGGAAUCGUUCAUGAAAGUUGUUUGCUUGAAAGAAAUGUGUAAUUUCUUUGCGAGAAAUCAGGUAGUCAUAGAAAUAGUGAGUAAAAUGAUCAGUCUCUCUCUCUCUCUCUCCCUCUCUCCCUCUAGCAGCAGGCAGGUCAGCCUCCUCUUUGCUCCUCCCCCUGUUCUCACCUGGCGCUCAGCCCAGAAUGUUGCUGCAACUCUGCAAACUCUCAUUGGUCCCCACUCUCACACCGCUUUGCAAGAAGGGAAAUGACUAACCUCUUCUCCCUCCUGCCCUGCCUCGACUUCCCCUCUGCUUUCACUCUCUUCCCUUUCUUUCACCUCUGAACACAUUUGCAAUGGCCGGCUUUGCUGUACUCGACUAGGAAGUGCCUUCCCUGAUGUCUGCUGCAGCUUCGACCUGCUUCUACAGCUGAAGCUCCACCCUCCCCCCUGCCUUGCUCGCUUGCUGCCACGGUAACACGAGUACAAGGACAGCGGCCAAACCCUCCUCGCAGCCUACGCUCUGACCCGCUCGUCCAUCACCACCACCACCAGCCACUCCUCGCCGCAGAGGCUCCAGCCUCAGCUCUGCCAUUUGCCCUCCACCAGCUGAGCAGCCUUACCACAGCAGCCCAACACACCACCAGGCCCACGCAGCAUCUCACCCACCUUGCCUUUAACCUUCGCCUUCAACCCUCUAAGCCUCCACUUGGUCCUCAGCGCCCAUAACCUUCCUGUAGCAGGCUACACCCAGACUGUCACCUUUGUUGCCUGCCUCACUGCACCUUACCACAGGGCUCACGGUUUGGUUUGGCUUUUUGCCUCGUUGGCUUGUGAACGUUAUAGUUGAGUCAGGCCACGAGCGGCAGCUUCGUUGUUAGGCUAAGUCGUCUUCUGGAUACAAACACGUCUGCUGCGGUUGAUUGAUCGGGCAAGAUAUCCAAUAACAUUCGUCCUGCAACAUUUCACUUUGGAAAAGGAGCCCUUUCAAUCAAUAGUAACUAUAGUUUGAGUGUUUUAUUUUAACGUCUUUAACUAACUGAUAAAUAAGCAAAAUACCUUUUUAUAGUUGUGGAUUAAAACACACGUACUUUAUUCACGCUUGAACAGAUUUCAGCUCGGAAUAACUAUUGCCAGCGUGUUGCCAUGGCGAUGAACAUGGCACACAUCCGCGACACAAAGUGGCUGACACUCGAGGUGUGUAGGGAGUUCCAGAGGGGCACGUGCUCACGCUCGGACCAGGAGUGCAAGUUCGCUCAUCCGGCCAAGAGCUGUCAGGUGGACAACGGACGGGUCAUCGCUUGCUUCGACUCACUCAAGGGCCGUUGUUCCAGGGAGAACUGCAAGUACCUGCACCCCCCUCCCCACCUAAAGACCCAGCUGGAGAUCAAUGGCAGAAACAACUUGAUCCAGCAGAAGAACAUGGUCAUGCUCGCCCAACAGAUGCAUCUCGCCAACGCCAUGAUGCCUGGCACGCAGCUACCACCUAUGGUGAGAGGACACACACGUAUGAACAUACCACAGCUACUGCCCAUGCCCAUGUUCUCAAUGAGUCCAGGCAUGGCCACCAACGCCAGUGCAGCAGCAGCUGCAGCAGCAGCCUUUAAUCCAUACCUGAGUCCCAUGUCACCAGGCCUGAUGCCCCAAGAGCUAAUGUCCAGCACCCCUGUCCUCAUGGCCUCCAGCCCCACCGUCGGCCAAGUCCCCAACUCUGCCGCUGCUGCAGCCCAGAAACUGCUGAGAACCGAUAGACUUGAGGUGUGUCGGGAAUAUCAGAGGGGCAACUGCUCUCGGGGGGAGACCGACUGCCGCUUCGCCCACCCCUCAGACAGCACCAUGAUCGACACCAACGACAACACCGUCACCGUGUGCAUGGACUACAUCAAGGGCCGAUGCUCUCGGGAAAAGUGCAAGUACUUCCACCCGCCAGCCCAUCUGCAAGCCAAAAUUAAGGCUGCGCAGCACCAGGUGAACCAGGCCACAGCGGCCGCGGCCAUGACUCAGUCGGCUGUCAAAUCACUGAAGCGACCCCUCGACGCAACCUUUGACCUGGGUAUCUCCCCUAGUGUCAUGGCUCCCAUGCCCAAGCGGGCAGCCCUGGAGAAGGCCAACGGGGCCUCUGCCAUGUUUAACACCAGCAUGCUCCAGUACCAACAGGCCCUGGCCAGCAUGCAGUUUCAGCAGCAGGCUGCUUUCCUCCCAUCAGGCUCAAUAUUGUGCAUGACACCUUCAGCCAGCAUUGUUCCCAUGAUGCACGGUGGUAGUCCAGCCUCUGUGUCUGCAGCCGCCUCAUCUGCCACAAACCCCUUCGCAACCCCCUCCACCAAUCAGGACUCUUCCUUAUCAAAGUUGACUACCAACGAAUACAUGCAAUUGAUUCCAAUAAUAUCUGCAGAUCAUCUGAGUAGUCACAAGUACUUGACUCAAAUGUAGUUCCUCUCAAGAACAAUCAAAUGAAUGUGUGCUGCACCGUCCAAGCCAAAAGAGUUCAGCCUUUAUGUACAUAACCUUCAGAAUGUCAAGCAGCGGGACGGGGAGGGUCUGCCAUCUCUUAGCCGGUCCACGAUGAUGGUCUCAUCACAUGUGUAAUCAUCAAAGGUGCGACACACGAUCUGUGCCAUCUGCUCACAUAUCAAUAAGAAGAAUUUGUUGUUAAAUUCAAAGUCCAGCUGAGAGAAGAAGAUAUCUUGGUGCUGGGGUCAGUGUGUCUCUCCCUCUGUGGGAAUAGUUCACAUUACACCUCUGCGUCUGGCGAAAUCAUAUCCCUCAAUUUGUUCUAAUUAUUAUCAUUACCGCACGCACGGAAGGUCAAGAGCGCGGUUGCAUAAUAGCAACAUCCAGUGCUGGUACGUUUAUUAGACCAAGAUUUGUCCUUUUUUUUUUUUUUUUUUGUUCUGCUUUAUUAUUAUGUUUUGAUUGAUAGCCAUAUUUUAAUAGUUUACAAGUCUAAUGCAAACAUGCAGCUUGAAUUUGAAUCAAAAUCUGAAAGGCACAAUGAUUUUAACAGGAAUUGUAUUCGCCAAAAGAAUUGGGCAUGUACAGUGUUGUGUUUUUACGGCUACUAGUGAAACUAGAUGCUGAAAUGAGGGUCGUGGACGUAUGAAUGUUCUGGGGAAACCAACAUACCUGUGUACCUUGAAAGCACAGCCAGGCUAGCUUUUCUCACCUCGUCAUGUGCCAUCAAGGCCAUACAGCUAAAACCAGAGUGUUAUCUCAGCAGUGUUAUUUGUUUACUGAAGGUAAAAGUUUUGUAUGGCUCUUUUUGUAUUGUUUUGUUUUCAGAAUCUCCAUUGUGGGGGCUUCUUUUUAUUUUGUUGUUGUUUUUGAACUUUUCAUUUCUCUAAUUAAUCAGUUUAAGAAGUUGGGGUUCUCGCCAAAUAUUUGUUAUUCAUUUGUUUAUGUUUUUUUUCUUUAAAUAUCAAAUUGGAGGCUUUUUCUAAAGUUUGUCGUACCUCUUUUCAUAGACUAGUGUUGUUUUUGUUGGGAUUAAGUUGUUGCUCAAGUCCAUCGACUAUAAAGCGUGGCGAAGUAGAGGGUGUAGUUUCAGUUGACACCGUGUUACCUUGUUCUCCCUCGUUUAAAGAGGAGCUACUCUAAAACUGUGCCUCCAAGAAGCACUGUUGAGCCAUUGAUGGGGAUUUAAAACAACAGACCUGAAGGUCUAUUAGGUCAUUUAAACCGCAUGUGCACUUGAAUGAUCAUUUGUCUGGUCACCCUGUUUUAAUUUCACAUCUCAUCCUGUGUGAACUUUCGCUUUUUUUGAGGAAAAGCAGCAUAUUAUUAUGUUUGUAUUUCCAAGCAAAACACAAAGGUUCUCAUUCACUUGUAGAUCUGACUACACAAACCAAAGCACACUUUUUUCUCUCAAUCAUAUUCACAAAUGGUUACAGAAGCAUCUCUCAAGAGGCUUAAUUAAGGAAUUUUUUUUUAAAUCAUCUUUCAUUUAUCAUCAAUUCUAUGAUCACAUCUCUUUUUUCUGUUUUCACAGAGGUGUGUCGUGUGUCUUUACUGAUUGUAAUGUACCUAACGAAGCCUUAGAUUACAAUUAAUGGGUCCUAGCCCAAUCAAAUGUACUUUCAAUCACCGUGCAGGUAAAGAACACCAAUGAUGUUUUAUAGGUCUGUCACGUACCGCUUAUUUUUGUUCUUUCUCUCUGUGUAAAAGUAACAAUUACUCUCUUAAAUUUCAUUGUGUUAUGUACUACUUAAGGAUUUGAAUCUAUUUGAGGUAUGUAGUUGUAGAUUUUUCUUUUUUUUGCCUUACUAUAUAUUACUUGACGACAUUGAUAUAGCCGUAGUAGAUUUUGAGAUAGUAUGACAUUCAUAACUUUUUCAAACCAUAUAAUGGAUAACGUGUCAGUUUUAAAUAGUCACUUCAUUCAUAGAGCUGGAUGUCUUUUUUUCAGAUGAUGUUACAUUGUCAGUUGAUUUUGUGAAUGAAAGAUUGUUUUGAUACAAGGAACGAGAUCCGUUGAUUUGCUGCCACUGCAGCAUCUCCGAGCAGACAAAAAAACUAAUGUUUUAACCAACUUCAUUUUUUCUCCUUGUAACAUGUCAAGAUCAUGUUUGAAAAUAUAUUGUAUUGAAAUAUAGAUUGUCCAUGUUUUAGAGUAAAAAUUAUUUUCUACUGUAUCCAUUUAAAAAAAAAAGAAGAAAAAAAAAAAAGAUAUGUACUUCUGUUUGAAUAUUUCUUAAGUUUGCCCUGAAUGUCAGGCCAAAACGAGCAGUGAGGUUGACGGGUCUUUGGAUGUUUGUUGGAUAGUGAGAUUAGGAGCGAGAAAGCAAAGACUUUUCCACACUGGAGAGGUCAGAAAUGCUGCAGAUGAGGAGUUCUAACCUAAGGGACGAAGGUUGACUUUUUGCACUUCUGUAUAUAGUCAAAUGAACAGAGAAAAAAAUGUGUAUCAUAUUGAGAUAUUAUUUUGAAUAAAAAAAGAUCUAUAAUUAUAAGGAAUUUUGUUAGAUUAAUUUAAAUUCUUGAAUUAGAAGACCAGCUAAAAAAUAUUGCUUGCAAAGAAGGGCACUAGUUUCUUGGCCAAUGCAUUCAGAGAAAGCUAUGCGCUUUUUGUCUUAUUUUAUCAGUAGUAUUGCCAGGGAAUGUCGAAGGGGAAUAGAUAUCGCCAUGUCAUGCUUACUCCAACCCUCCUGUGGGAUGACAUAUCCAAUAAUAUCCAUAUAUCAUUUGUUAGACUUGGUCUCACAGUAUUGCCGCUCCCAUGGUACAGUUGAAACAUUAAACCUUCAAAAUGUGUAUUAUAUUAUCAUUUUUAAUUUGACUGCAUGUAAAAGUAAAAACAUGUAAACAAAAUAAAACACGUAGUUAUGUGAAGAAAGAUAACACAUUGAGAUUACAGAACACAGAAAUACGUUGGGGUUUCUUUGCAAAUUACACGUACAGUCUAUAACAUCCACAGCGGGGGGAAAUAAUACUUCACAAACAAGUAAUUUUACUCUUGUAAUAACAAUAUUUUCCAUGCAAACGUGUUAUUUAAAGAAUGAUCAAAUAUUAGCACUCAUCCACCCCAGAUACUUUCUCAUAGCCAUAUAAUUACAGUCGACACUGACUCACGGGAAGUUCUUCCUGCUAUCAUAGCCGUGCACUCAGCAGGUGAAGGCUCGCCACACCAAAUGCGUAUUUUGGCAAAUGCAAAUUAGUCUUUGAAAUGAAUGUAACGGUCAACUGGUCGUCAUGUUUCUGACCCGAGGCUGCUGUGUUGAGUUGCUACAGAACCAAAGCCCCAUCCUCUCUGAGCCAGAUGUUCAGUCUGCUGGCUGGAGCCAUGGUCUCUCUUCCCUGCUGGGGGCACAUGUAUGCUUUGACUGCUUUUUACUUGUAAGUGCAACCAUCCAUUAUGUAUUUGCUAACAGUUGCCACACAAUAAUGUACUAUUCUGUCUUCAGAUUUGUUAAUGCACAUUUUAUUGCUGCCAUAAUUGACUCUGAAUCUGAAAUCUGAAUAAAACAAUAUUUGAUUUGCUCAUGCAA